ACGGCGCGUCGCGCGGGAAGCCACGGGGAGGACCGCGUCAGGGGUGAAGUCUCCCCAGCCAUGACCUCCACCGGUCAGGAUUCCACCACACCCAAGGAGCGAAGGAGUAGGCACAAUCCCCACUCCCCCACCCAUGACUCCAGCAUCACCUCGAAGCGAGGUAUUAAAAAGGGUGCCAUGCUCCGCUCCAGCCCCAGUCUAGCGGAGGUAAAGAAGAAAGGCAGAAUGAAGAAGCUUAGGCCAAACAGCCGAGCAAGACCUCAUCAUGGGGCUGCAAGGGCUG